AUGCCUUGUCCACCAAUUCCAAACCCUCCUCCACCACCACCAGCAACAGCAGCAGCGUUGCCUCCCGGCAAUCCGUUUAUUCCAUUUCCAACACCACCUCCAAUACCUCCUCCUAUUCCUCCCCCACUUCCUCCUCCUAGUCCUCCUCCUAUUCCUCAUCCCACUCCUCCUAUAGGUAUUAUUCCAGGAAUAAUACCAGGUACACCUCCUAUCAAAGGUAUACCUGGAAUAUUGCCAGGUCCUCCUAACAAAGGUAUUCCUGGAAGACCACCAUAUCCAAGUCCAGGUAUCCCAGUUAAAGGUACACCCGGAAUGCUGCCAGGUACUCCUCCUAUUGAAGGUAUGCCCGGAAUGCUGCCAGGUACUCCUCCUAUUGAAGGUAUGCCCGGAAUGCUGCCAGGUACUCCUCAUGUUGAAGGUAUGCCCGGAAUGGUGCCAGGUACUCCUCCUGUUGAAGGUAUGCCCGGAAUGGUGCCAGGUACUCCUCCUGUUGAAGGUAUGCCCGGAAUGCUGCCAGGUAGUCCUCCUAUUGAAGGUAUGCCCGGAAUGCUGCCAGGUAGUCCUCCUAUUGAAGGUAUGCCCGGAAUGCUGCCAGGUAGUCCUCCUAUUGAAGGUAUACCCAGAAUGUUGUCAGGUACUCCUCCUAUUGAAGGUAUACCCGGAAUGUUGCCAGGUACUCCAACGAGUAAAGGUAUACCAGGAAGACCACCAUAUCCUAGUCCAGGUCCUCUAAUUAAUGGUACACCACCAUUCUUUUGA